AGUGUGCGUUCUCCGCGCUGCUUCCUAAUAUAAUCAGUCAAGUCGUAAGUGAACAGUGACUGGCCUCCCAGAACGAUAAUGAAAACCUGCAGAAAGGACCGGAUUACCUCCUCGUGUUUGCCUCUCCUCGGUACAGUCUCGCUUUAAAAGCUACGUUAUGCAAUGGUCUUAAGCCUUAUUAGGAUUACUGUUAGAUCCGAUUCUGCCAUGGCAACUGGUGAGAGCGCUGUAUGCGCAGCAUUCCUUCAUGCAAUGAUGUGCUGUAAAGUUUUCGACCUCAACUGCUCUCGUGUGCUCCGAGAAUGCGGUCAGCUGGAAGCUGACAUUAUCUAUGAGGCUGUGUGGAAUCAGCAGCUCCUCUCCAACUAUACACAGUUACCAAAAUAGGAGGGCAGCACUCGAGCCUGGGGCUAAACUGAGGGGGGGCCAUAUGUCUCAACUGUCCCAGACAGAGACACGCCUGAGGAGCCCUGGCCAUGAGUCACACGAUGCUCUCUUUUUAGUAGAACGGCCGCUUCUCUACACCAGGAAUCAUGUCAGCCAAGGAUCAUGAAUGUUACACUUAUGAAUUCUGUGAUGACUCCCAUCCAUCAGAAAUGCUGGACGCUCUUCAUGAGUUCUACACUAAUGACCUAUUUACUGACAUCACCCUCUGCUGCUCCACUGGCCGGAUGUUUCACUGUCACAAGACAGUGCUGUCAGCCCGUAGUGCCUACUUUAAGGUAAUGUUCACCUUAGACAUGAGGGAACGUUCAAAUGGCAUCAUCAGUCUGCCUAGUGUAGAUGGAGAUAUUCUGAGUGCCUUGGUGAACUAUGUUUAUACUUCCAAAGUGAGCAUCACACAAGCCAAUGUGCAAAGCCUUCUUGAGGCAGCCGACCUACUUCAGUUCAGCUCAGUAAAGAAAGCCUGCGAGGAGUUUUUGAUACGAUGUUUGGAUGUUGAUAACUGUCUCGGAAUGCACUCUUUUGCUGAGCUCCACGUCUGUCCUGUGCUGGAGCAUGAGGCACUGAGGAUUAUACUUGGCAGAUUUGAGGAGCUUGUAUAUCAAGAAGAGUUUCUGGGACUAGAUCUCAAAAAGCUCAUUGCAAUAUUGUCUGCUGAGAACCUCAAUGUGUGGAGGGAGGAGACACUAUUAGAAGCAGUUGUAAAGUGGGUGACCUUUACCAUAGAUGCUCGAAGAGACUGUGUUCAGGAUCUGUUGCACUGCAUUCAGCUUGAGGUGGAUGACAUGUACCUUAGAACUGCGUUGGAGGUUCACAAAGCCUGCAAUGAUCGUAAACUGCGAUCCAUCAUCAUUCAGUCUACAAAGUCUGGUGGAAAAGACAAAUCUUUAACUUGUAAAAAGCCCUCAUCAAACAUGUAUGUCAUAGGAGGUUAUUACUGGCAUCCACUGUCUGAAAUUCACAUAUGGGAUCCCAUUUCCAACACAUGGGCCCAAGGAAAAGACCUGCCUGACUACACGAGAGAGAGUUAUGGUGUAUCACUGCUGGGUUCCAACAUCUAUGUCACUGGAGGAUACAGGACAGAGACUGUGGAUGCACUGGACACAGUUUGGAUUUAUAAUGUUGACUCUGAUAAGUGGACAGAAGGAUGCCCUAUGAUCACUGCCAGAUACUACCAUUGCUCGGUGCCUUUACAUGGAUGUAUAUAUGCCAUAGGUGGAUAUAGGGGAGGUGCCCCUGCUUGUGAGACUGAAUUCUAUGAUCCUUUAAAAAAGAAAUGGUUCCCAGUGGCAGAUAUGAUACAAGGUGUUGGAAAUGCUACUGCAUGUGUGGUGCAAGACAGAAUCUAUGUGACUGGAGGUCAUUUUGGGUACAGAGGAAGCUGUACAUAUGACAAAAUCCAGACUUAUAGAGCUGACCUCAAUGAGUGGAGCAUUGCAACAAUAAGUCCCCAUCCAGAGUAUGGGCUUUGCUCAGUGUCACUGAACAACAAGCUCUAUUUGGUUGGCGGUCAGACCACCAUCACAGACUGCUAUGACCCAGACAAGGACGAAUGGAGGCAGCUGACCGUAAUGAAGGAGAGAAGGAUGGAGUGUGGAGCUACAGUAAUAAACGGAUGCAUCUAUGUGACAGGUGGCUAUUCCUACUCAAAGGGCACCUACUUGCAGAGUAUAGAGAGGUAUGACCCUGAGCUGGACUGCUGGGAAAUAGUAGGCAACUUACCUACUGCAACCCGCUCACAUGGCUGUGUUUGUGUGUUCAGUGUAUAGAAUAUAUACACUAUAUGGCCAAAAGUAGGACACCUAUACAUCUCACCUAAUAUAAACUUAUUGGACAUCCCAUUCCAAAAAUAACUGGGAUUAAUAUGGCCUCCCCAGCUAUAACAGCAUCCACUCAGAAGGAAGUUCUUUUUGGAGUGUGUCUGUGGGAAUCUGUACCCAUUCAGUCAAAAAAGCAUUUGUGACACUGACACUGAUGUGGGACAAGAAGGCCUGGCUCACAAUUUUUGUUCCAGUUCAUCCCCAAGGUGGGGUUGAGGUCAGGGCUCUGUGCAGGCCACUGGAGUUCCUUCACACCAAACUUGUCAAAAAUGCCUCUUUGGAGCUUGUUUUGUGCUGAGGGGCACAGUCAUGCUCAAACAGGAAAGGGCCUUCCUGAAACUGCUGCCAAGUUUACACAAUUAUAUGCUGCAAAGUUGCAGGCAUAUAAUUGUGUAAAAUGUGUUUGUAUGUUGGAGCAUUGACAUUGCCCUUCACUGGAACUAAGGGCUCUACAAAAUGGCCCCAGACAAUUUCCUUUCCUCAACCAAACUUUACUUGUAUGUAUUCCAGUAGGUAACGUUCUCCUGGCAUCCACCAAACCCAGAUUCAUCCAUCAGUGAAGCAUCAUUCAUCACUCCAGAGAACGUUUCUACAGCUCGAGAGUCCAGUGGUUGUAUGCUUUACACCACUCCAACCAAUACUUAGCAUUGUGCAUUUUGAUCUUCGGUUUCUGUGCAGCUGAUCUGCCAUGUUAACCCAUUUUAUGAAGCUACAGACAUAAAGUUCUUUUGCUGAUGUUGCUUCCAGAAACAGAACUCUGGUGCGUGAUGAAACGGGGGACAGGAGCUACACGCUUCAGCACUAAGCAGCCCCGCUCUGUAAGUUUUGUAGUCUACCGCUUCGUGGUUAACGCUUCCAUUUCACAAUCUUAACACUUACAGUUGCAAUAUAUUUUCAUAUAUUGAACCCCAUUUCUAAUAGAUAAUUCCAAAUAAAAAGUGAAAAUGGUCACACUGUGACUGUGAUCUAAACAUGUUUCCAUAUACAGCACCCUGCUUGACAGAGCAGGUGUCUCCAAACUUUUGGACAUGCAGUGGAUCAUGGGUUCCUUUACUUCUGCAGUCUGACAUUUUUGUAUGCAUUAUUGUUUUGUAGAAUCUUUAUACAUUUGACAAAAGUUUUAGAAACCACAAAUGUUAUGAUGAUGAGUCAGUCAGUGAUGUAUGUAAUGACAAUGCAUAUCAUUCAACAUAAAUCCUCUCCUGCACUUAAGAUACUUUUUCACUCCUAAUGUUUAUUCAAAAUGAGAUGGGAGGGGGAGGAAAUCACUAAUCUGGAAAUUCCAGAACUGUAAAUGAAGACGAAGUUUACAAAAAACGAUCCAGUUAAAAGUAUUAAAUCUCUUAGAAACCACUAAGCUGUUUUCAGCAGUAUUUUACUGUGAUGACCAAUGUGCCAAAGUGUAUUGAGACUGACUACAUGACCACUUUUCACCUCAUGUGUUUUGUUGAGACUGUACUGUGUGGCAUUCACUAUACAGAAAACUAUUUUGUGAUUUUUAAAUGAUAUUUUUGCAUCGUAUUUAUAUUGUUGACAAAGUGUUCAUGAUGUAAAGUGGUGAAAUAAAAUGUUAAUAUUAAAUCUA